AUGAAUGGGGAGGAGGGAGCGGCGCGCAGGCGCGGUGCGCCGUCGGGGCGGAGGGGUGGGGGCAGUUGCAUUGCUGCGCACCCCCCGCUGCAGCGCGCGGGCCCCCCCCGCGCCGCGAUUGGCUGGCGGCCCGCCAGCGCGCUGUCAAUCACGCAGUGUAAACAAGGCGCCUAUUGGCCGGUGCCGCGGGCGGUUUCAAGGCGCCCCCCCGGGGGGGGGGGACACGCGCGGCGGGGGCGGUUUCGAGGUCCCCCCGCGCACAGCCCGGAGCGCCCCGGGCCGAAGCGAGCGGGAUCAAAGAGCGGCGUGAGGGGAACAGGCCGCGGGCAGCGCCCGCCGUGGGGCCCGGACGGCCGGGGACGGGGCUGCAGCGGCUGCGGGACCUGCGAGGCGGGCAGUGAAGUGCUGGGGGGCGUGCGGUGGAAGGGAGCGUGCGAUAAGGGGGAUUACGGCGGGCGAUUCAUUACGCGGGACGGCAAUCGAGUUAGCGGCGAGUGGCCAGGGGCCGCGGGGACCCUCCGGUACCGCACGGACACGGCGCGGGGACGGACGGACAAGGACAGCCGGGAACAGGCGGCCGCACGGCGGGGCACAGCCCGACACAGGCGCUGGUGCAGCGGGACGUGCGGCUGCGGCACGGAGCCAUGCUUGGGGACACGCCGAGGGACACGGAAGGACACGGGAUGGCACCGCACACCCAGCCCCCGCAUCCUCCUUCACGGCUGCCCUUGGAUCCCUGUCUGCGUGGGAAAGGCCGGGAAAGGGCCGUUCUGGAUUAUCCCGGCGCGUGGAAUUGGUGCCAGACGGGAGCGCGGUGCAGAUCCCGGUGUGCAGCCACUGGUGGUCUGGGAGUGCUGGGAAAGAGUUUCCUGACUUCAAAAGAGAACCAGAAAAACCUCUCGGCGA